AUGAUCUCCCAGUCCAUUCUCCUCCUCGCUGCCACCGCUGGUCUCGCAGUGGCAGCUCCCAUCGAAAUCCCCCUCUCACGCCGUGGCAACCUCCCCGAACCCGUGUCAGCAGCAACAGCAAUCCAGUACCUCUCUUCGAUCAAAGUGGCCGCCGAAUCCAAUAGCCCCGCCUACGACCGCGACCUCUUCAAGCACUGGAUUACCAUCUCCGGCGCCUGCAACACCCGCGAAACAGUGCUCAAACGCGAUGGUACUGAUGUAACCACUUCCUCUGCUUGUGCUGCUACGUCCGGAGCUUGGUACUCUGAUUACGAUGGCAAGACGUGGACGGCAGCUUCAGAUCUGGAUAUCGAUCACUUGGUUCCGUUGAAGGAAGCCUGGGUUUCUGGGGCCAAGGACUGGACAAAUGAGAGAAGAGAGCAGUUUGCUAACGACCUUAACCAGGCCAAAGGCGACCAGGACCUUGCAGAGUGGCUGCCUCCGAGAGUUGCCUAUCAAUGUGAAUACGUUCGUGCUUGGGUGCAGGUCAAGUACUACUACGGCUUGACCAUGGAUAGUGCAGAGAAGGCUGCCGCAAGCAAUGUGCUCACCAGCUGUUAG